AUGUUGGUGCCAUCACUGCCAAUGCGGAAUUUCAACCGCAACGGGAGCACCACGACGACAGCACCGACGGGUUUUGUUCCGGCAAUGCAUGGCGCCGGUCGACGAGCUGCCCGAUGGAUCGUUCAGCUCUUGCUGUUGCAGCUCGUGUUGUGGGCAUGUGUACCUGAAUGGCGGGGCAGCUUGUCCCUUUGGAACUUCUCCCUGCCCUUGCCAGGUCGAACAGGUGGGCAGGAACCACCGCUCCCGGAGCACGGGAACCAGUUUGUGAUCGACUUGGCCAAUGAGCUUUGGUUUGCGGCCGAUGACAUGCUGACAGCUGGGGCCUUCAUGGGCGAUGAGGGCUGGGCUGGCCGUGGCGAAAGCCCAGCGACCCUGGGAGCCGUGGGGAUCAACAUGAGGAACGCCGCUGAAGCCUUGUUGUUCGCAGAUUGGUGGACGGUGUCCGGUGAGCUGGAAGUCGCAGGUGCCUCAGGUGAGUUCUACUUUGAUGAAGAGGAUUUCCUGGCUAUCACUGGCGUGUUGCCUGAAGAAGACUUUGAGACUUGGAAUGGGGAGGAGGCCGCCGAAGCCGACGGCAGCAGCGCCGCGCGCGCCGCACUUCAGCGGAUGAGCGAGUCCAUGACGGGCUUGGCGGAACGAGUGGGGGCGAAGUCGGUGGCCGGACAGGCCCUUAUCCGCACCGCCGAGAAUUGGCGGCGGGCCGUGCGCUUGCUACAGGGCCUGGAGGCAGAUGAAAAGGCUGAGUGA